AUGAAUCAGGCCGAAGCCGAGUCAACUCCAGAUGCGACCUCAAAGCCUCAUUCAUCACCCCAUUUAUCCAUUAUGUCGGCGUCUUUUAUGCGAGCCGUUGGCAUUCCUCUUCAUUUCUAUCGCACGCGCUCUGGGAUCUGUGCAAUACAUCUGUCUCUCGGAAUGUUCAUCUCCUCUUCAAGCUCGAUUCUCCUCUUUUCCUGCACUUGUUUUGGGCUUUUUUCUACUUGGGUUGUGGUCGACGAACGUUUUCAAGUCAUUCCCUGUGGAAUCCCGAUAGUAAAACUGCCCGCUAAUCAACCUCGCGGGGAUGAGAGUGGCGAAGACAUCUCCGAGUCUCCGGCCUUCAAGGCAUUACAGUGA